AGCACAUGGAAAAAUCAGUUUCCAUAAGAAGCACGUAACUAAUGUUGUAUGCCAGCGCAUAAUCUAAUGCAAAUCCUCCCAAAAAUGCCUACUUUUCUCCGAUCCCCAUUAUUAUUAAUAUAACCAUUUUACUCAGAUUCCCAGAUAUUCAAUUUCAUCAUCUUCCCCUCUUUUCAAUCUCAUGGCUUCUUCAAUCGGGUUGACCCACUUCACUUCCUCCGGCGUCUCUUUCCCGGCCACUCGCCGCCGUUGGAAUGGCGGAUCCAGAGUGGGUACUUUGAGGGUGUUUGCUUCUGAAACGAAGCAACAAGAGCCCGAUCUGAGUGUCAACGUGAAUGGGCUGCAUAUGCCCAAUCCCUUUGUAAUCGGGUCGGGUCCACCCGGGACCAACUAUAAAGUCAUGAAGAAGGCUUUUGAUGAAGGCUGGGGUGCUGUUAUAGCUAAAACGGUGUCACUAGAUGCUGCAAAAGUUAUUAAUGUGACCCCUAGAUAUGCGCGAUUAAGAGCAGGAGCAAACGGCUCAGCCAAAGGGCAGAUCAUUGGUUGGGAAAACAUUGAACUUAUAAGUGAUCGACCAUUAGAAACGAUGUUAAACGAAUUCAAACAAUUAAAAGAAGAAUAUCCUGAUAGGAUACUUAUUGCAUCAAUUAUGGAAGAGUACAACAAAGCGGCAUGGGAAGAACUUAUUGACCGUGUGGAGCAAACAGGAAUUGAUGCUAUAGAAGCAAAUUUCUCUUGUCCUCAUGGUAUGCCCGAAAGAAAAAUGGGUGCUGCAGUUGGGCAGGACUGUGCUUUGCUGGAAGAGGUUUGCGGUUGGAUUAAUGCAAAAGCUACGGUUCCCGUUUGGGCAAAAAUGACUCCAAAUAUCACAGAUAUCACUCAGCCAGCUAGAGCUUCGUUGAGAUCCGGAUGUGAGGGGGUAGCUGCAAUUAAUACAAUCAUGAGUGUUAUGGGCAUUAAUUUGAAGACAUUACAUCCUGAGCCUUGUGUUGAGGGAUAUUCAACCCCGGGAGGGUAUUCUUCAAAGGCUGUGCAUCCUAUUGCACUUGGAAAAGUAAUGAGCAUUGCACAGAUGAUGAAGAAAGAAUUUAAAGAUGGCGAUUAUUCUCUUUCUGGGAUUGGAGGUGUCGAGACAGGUGCCGAUGCCGCUGAAUUUAUUCUUCUUGGUGCAAAUACUGUUCAGGUCUGCACCGGGGUGAUGAUGUAUGGAUAUGAUCUGGUUUCAAAGCUCUGCUCGGAGCUCAAAGACUUCAUGAGAACUCACAACUUUUCAACCAUAGAAGAAUUUAGAGGGGCAUCACUUCAAUACUUCACAACACACACAGAACUCGUGAGAAUACAACAAGAAGCGAUUAGGGAACGAAGGGCGAUUAAGAAAGGAUUGCAAUCUGAUAAAGACUGGACUGGAGAUGGAUUUGUGAAAGAAAGUGAAAGUAUGGUUUCUAAUUGAUUCAAAAAAUUUAAAUAAAUUACCAACAAAAAAAAAUGUGUUUGUUUUAUUUAAGAUGUUGAUCAUGGUAUGGUAGUUUUCUGUUAAUUGAAUAUCUUGCAACAUUUUCUUUUCUGGGCAGACUUUCUGUAAAUUUUUAAUAUUCAGUCGUUAUAAAUAAAGUGUUCAUGUUCGUAUGAGGGUUAA